AUGCCUCCUAGACGGCGAACACAGAGAGCUCCUCCUGUGGGGGAUGAUAUGAGUGCACAAGAGGGUAUGCUGGGAGCGUUUGAGCAGAUUGUUAACCAGUUUGCUGCAACAAUGAACCCUCAGCCCUCGCCUGAUUUUAGCAUUAAGAAAACCAAGGAAAAUGGUGCUGAGAAGUUUUCUACAGCCAAGGAUCCCAUUGAGGCCCAGGAGUGGAUUGAGACUAUGGAGAGAGUGUUUACUAGGAUGAGUGUUCCUGAAGAUCGUAAGGUAUUUGUGGCAGUGCAAUGGUUGCACGGUCCUGCAUGGCAUUGGUGGGUCGGUAUUACUAGAGAUUAUGGGGAUGCUCCUCACAUGACUUGGGAUGAGUUCAAGGCCCAUUUCAAUGAUCGUUACUAUAGUCGAGCUCAUCUCCAUAGGAUGCAGGAUCAGUUUAUGAAUUUGCAGAAAGGAGAUAUGUCAGUCUUGGAGUUUGAGCAGCACUUCCUUGCUAGAGCUCAUCAUGUUCCUGACUUGGUUCGAGAUGAGCCGGAUAAGAUUUACAGGUUUGUUCGGGGACUUGGGGGUGAGUAUCAGGAAAAGAUGCAAGCAGUGUUGUAUCCGAGAUUUAGUAAUGCAGUUGCGGCAGCUUUGAAUAUUGAGACCUCACAAAUGGGUAGCCGACCCCGAGACUUUGGUGGCCCUAGUCAGGGACCGUCAAAGAGAGCAGCAUCCACAUCCGGUUCCGGAUCUUCUGUGGGUAGUGGUCGUAGUAGUAGCUCUGGUCAUUCAGCUCGACCUAGACUCAGAGGUAGCCAGAGAUUUGCUAGGGGAUUUGCAGGCAGACGCCCCUUUAGUCAGUUUAGGGGUGGUAGUAGUGGAGGCCACAGUGGUCAGUCAGGUCAGUAUGGUCAGUAUCAGCCAGUUGGGUGUUUCGAGUGUGGCGAGCCAGGUCACUUUAAGAGAGAUUGUCCCCGUUUGGCUCAGGGGGUCGCGCCUACAUUUUAUCAGACUGCAGGUCAGACUUCAGUUGGUGUUUCUAGCAGUGGCUCACGUGCUAGUUCGGCAGUUAGAGGGGGUCCCCAGCGGGGUAGAGGUCAGUGA